AUGUACCUCGCCCGGACUAUGCCGCCGCGUUUGGAGGUGGUUGAGGCUUUUAGGGAUUGGGAUAGCUGUUUAGAGGAUUGCUUUAAGCAGCUCUUCCCACCUGGCACUUGGGAGCAGGACCCUGACCGGGCCCGGGGGCGGGUUCAUGGGUUUCGGCAGUUCUGCCUCACUCAGAUCUCACAUUCACUGCGGCCGAGUGAGGGCAUUGCUGCUGCUAUAUGGCUCGGGCUCCCAAUUCAGCAGCUGCAGGUGGCGGGGAGGUGUGUUUGUGGAACAGCGUAUGUUGACCCAGCAGACCCGCAUCAUGCCCUGAGAUGCAAGCACCAGCAUGGUCCAUCUCGGGUGCAUGAUGAGGUGAAGUUUGCGGUGGCGAAUAUCUCUAAGGCGUCGGGGGGGGUGGAGACAAUGGAGGAUAGUGUGGUGCUGCAGGGAAAGCGGGUUGAUGUGGCGGUGCGACGACCAAUGGCUGGAGAGGCUCACGCCCUAGAGAUCAGCAUCGCAGACCCUCUAUCCCUGUCUCCAUCUCUGCUAGGACAAUGCGGGCGCCAAAUAGGUGUGGCGGCAAGAGAGUGGGAGCGUCGCAAAACGAGUGAUUACGCGCCUCUGCUUGCACGCAACCGGGGCGUGCAGUUCACCCCUCUGAUAGAUAAGACGUGGGGGUGUCUCGGCGGUCGUUUUCGGCAGUGGCUUCGUCAGCAGGGGGAUGCGCACGUGGGGCUAGCUGUGUCGCGGAGGGCUUGUCGGGAGGACGACUCUGUGUUUUCGGCUUAUCUUUUAGGGUCACUGAAGGCGCUCAUCGGGGUGGCGUUACAGCGUGCGCAAGCCCGUGUCAUCCUGCUUCGAGCGGCGUCUUCCAUGGGGGGGAUUAACGUAGACUUGGUGGACCGGGAGUGUGGGAUGGGAUGUCUUGAUGGGGUGACUUGA